AGUUUCAUGUCAGUGAAGAAAAGGUAAAGAAAGGAAUGAAGAAAAUUCAAUCCAAUCGAAUGCAAUUUUGACGUCCGCAAGGAGAGAACACACUCUCUCUCUCUCUAAACUUUCUCUCUCUAAGAUACAGCGAAGAACAGGAAAGCACUUUCUCUCUCCUCCCUUUUUCUCUAUCUACAGCAAAGGGACUCAAAUGAGAUUGAUAGAGAUUCAUUCAAGAAGACUGUGACGAAGAAGAUAAAUUCAAAGAAACAAACCCUAGACAUAUAUAUAUAUAUAUAUAGAUGCACGUAUAUGUGUAUUUAAUGCCAAGAAGGUCAGCAAGUUGAAGAGUAAUAGUGGAUUGUCUUCAAUUUUUCAUCAGUUGAAGUGCGUGUGUUUUGUUCGAUCGCAGUUUUCAGAAACUAUCUGUCAAUUCUUGUUUUGAGAUUUAAGCGAAAGUGGGUCGAAGAUUGUUCCUUUAGCAGAGCUAAGGCAAUUUUAGGAUGUACAGGACCAAAGCUUGUUGCUUGUAUCUGCUUUUCUUUGGCAACCGACUUGUGUUUGGUAACGCUCAACACCGUAAGCUCGGCCACAAAGGCUUUCCAUUUCUAUUGGCACACAAUAAAGAGUCUGGAAUGUCUACCCUUGGCAAUGAGUGCAGAACGCUUGUUGGAUUGAUCAAGAUAUUGGCUUUUGUCCGGUUUGUUGUGUAAUUGUAGUGUAUUCAAUCUUAGUGGCACUGAGUGCCGAAUUCAUGCCCUUUUAGAUAGUUUUUGUACUUGAAUAAGUGUUUGUAGGUUCUGCUUUCGAUAAUAUGGUACCAUCGGGGCCUCCCACUCCAAUUGGUGGUGCCCAGCCUGUACCUUCGGUACUGCGAUCAAAUUCUGGUUUAUUGGGUGCUCAAGGGGGUGCAAUGCCUUCACAGGGUGCUUUUCCCUCUCUUGUAUCUCCCCGUACACAGUUUAAUAACGGUAAUAUGCUUGGCAAUGUGUCCAAUGUUUCAUCCCUCCUUCAUCAGUCUUUUGGAAAUGGAGGUCCAAAUCCUGGGCUUUCUGGUUCUGGAAGUAGUCAGCGAGGAAUUAUUGAUACUGGAGCUGAGCCUGAUAUGAUCUCCAAUGUGGGAAAUGGAAUGGGUUUUACUUCUGCACCCUCAUCAUUUGUGCCAUCAAAUAUGGCAAACCCCGGUUCUUCAGGUCCAGUGCAGGGGCAGCAAUUUUCAAACUCUUCAGGCAAUCAGAUGUUGCCAGAUCAACAACAGUCUCAACAAAUUGACCCUCAAAACUUCCAGCAUAAUCAGCAGCCGAUGCAACAGUUUUCUGCCUCUCAGAACAACCAGCAGCAGCAGCAGCAAUAUCAAUCAAUUCGGGGAGGAUUAGGUGGCGUCGGACCUGUCAAGUUGGAACCACAGGUGACAAAUGAUCAUCACACACAGCCUUCACAGCAAUUGCAUUCAUUGAGAAAUCUUGGUCAUGUAAAACUGGAACCCCAACAAAUUCAGUCCAUGAGAAAUCUGGCAACUAUCAAGAUGGAACCCCAACAUUCAGACCAGCCACUGUUUCUGCAUCAACAGCAGCAACAACAACAACAGCAACAGUUUUUCCACAUGUCCCGACAUUCUCCUCAGGCUGCUGCUGCCCAGAUUAAUCUUAUGAAUCAACAGAGACUUCUGCAGAUGCAACAACAGCAGCAACAGCUUGCCUUAAAGGCUCAUCCUCUACAGCGGUCCCCAUCACAGUCACCGUUUCAACCGCAAAAUUUGCCUAUGAGGUCCCCAGUAAAACCAGUACAUGAACCUGGUAUGUGUGCCCGGCGGCUGACGCGUUAUAUGUAUGAGCAACAACACCGACCUGAGGACAACAAUAUUGAGUUUUGGAGAAAAUUUGUUACCGAAUUCUUUGCUCCCAAUGCCAAGAAGAAAUGGUGUGUUUCUAUGUAUGGAAAUGGCCGCCAAACUGGAGUGUUCCCUCAGGAUGUAUGGCACUGCGAAAUAUGUAAUCGCAAACCUGGACGUGGAUUUGAGGCAACUGUCGAGGUUCUGCCGAGGCUUUUCAAAAUCAAGUAUGAGAGUGGAACUUUGGAAGAACUUCUUUAUGUUGAUAUGCCUCGAGAAUAUCAGAACAACUCUGGUCAAAUUGUCCUGGACUAUGCAAAAGCCAUACAGGAAAGCGUUUUCGACCAACUUCGUGUUGUCCGAGAUGGUCAACUUCGGAUAGUUUUUUCUCCAGACCUGAAGAUAUGCUCUUGGGAGUUUUGUGCUCGGCGUCAUGAAGAGCUCAUUCCUCGAAGAUUGUUAAUUCCUCAGGUUAGUCAACUUGGGGCUGCUGCUCAGAAGUACCAGGCAGCUACUCAGAAUGCGUCACCCAAUUUGUCUGUGCCAGAGUUACAAAAUAACUGUAAUAUGUUUGUUGCAUCAGCUCGUCAGUUGGCAAAAGCGUUGGAAGUGCCAUUAGUAAAUGAUUUUGGAUAUACAAAGAGAUAUGUGCGCUGUCUUCAGAUAUCUGAAGUGGUUAAUAGUAUGAAAGAUUUGAUUGAUUACAGCCGAGAAACUGCGACUGGACCUAUGGAGAGCUUGGCCAAGUUCCCUCGGAGAACAAUUUCUACACCUGGAUUUCAUGGUCAACCUCAACAACUGGAGGAACAACUACAACAGCAGGCACAGCAGCAAACAAUGGGUCAGAACUCAAGAAAUGAUCAAAGCUCCGUCCAGGCCACUGCAAUGCAAGCUGCUUCUAGCAAUGGUGUGCCUAAUGCAAAUAACUCUCACAACUCAGCAUCAGCCACUUCCUCCACUAGCACCAUUGUUGGGCUUCUCCAACAGAGCUCAAUGAACUCCAGACAACCCAACCCUAUGAACAAUGCAAAUAGUCCAUAUGGAGGAAGCGGGAUUCAGAUUCCUUCUCCUGGUUCAUCAAGUACAAUGCCACAUGCUCAACCCAAUCCUUCUCCAUUCCAAUCACCGACACCGUCAUCAUCCAACAAUGCUCUGCAAAAUUCUCAUGGCGGCUUAACAGCUGCAGCUCAUAUGAGUUCUGCAAAUUCUCCAAAUAUCUCCAUGCAACAACAACCAGCUCUAUCUAGUGAUGCCGACCCAAGUGAUUCCCAGAGUUCUGUUCAGAAAAUCAUACAAGAAAUGAUGAUGUCUACGCAAAUGAAUGGUGGGGGCGGUAUGGUGGGUGUUGGUUCCUUGGGGAAUGAUGUGAAAAAUGUUAAUGGAAUGUUGCCAACAAGCAAUAGCACAGGUCUUAAUGGUGGCAACAGCCUGGUGGGAAAUGGAACAGCCAAUAGCAAUGCAGGAAUGGGGGGUGCAGGAUAUGGUAGCAUGGGUAGCGGACUUGGUCAGUCGGCUAUGCUUAAUGGAAUCCGAGCUUCAAUGGGUAAUAACUCAAUGGCAAUGAGUGGAAGGGUAAGCAUGGCAGCAAUGGCUCGAGACCCGAAUUUAAGUCAUCAACAGGCUUUGGGGGAUCAACUUCUUAGUGGUCUUGGAGCUGUUAACGGGUUCAAUAAUCUACAAUUUGAUUGGAAGCCAUCUCCCUGAAACGUUCUUCAGGCUUUAUUGUUACAGCUGCUUGGUCAGCGCGGGGAUUGCGGAAUAUUGUCUUCGGCCCUAUGAAGAUAGUGGGACGAUGAAUCGGUGUCAAGGCUGCCCCUGUACUAAUUUCAGGAAAGGAAAACAUAUAGCAUAUUGUUUUUCUUUUUUCUUUUUUUUUUUUUUUUAAUCAUUGAUAACUUUGUUUUCCUCCGAUUGCUUAGACCAACUAACAGCCUCGGAAUUGGGAAAUUCAGGGAGUCACUAUUGCCUGAUGGAGCUCUCUCUGACAUCUACUUCCUGUGUACCCUUUGCUGAGCCAUUUGUAAACUAGAGUAUCUGCGAAUGUCUCUCUACCCCCUUCUCUCUCUCUCACGUGAGUGUAUAUAUUUCUAAGGUUGGUUUGGACAAAAUUUAAUGUAGAACUUUUGAAAGCUUCCGGAAUUGAUUUUCCGCGGUUAUAUGAUGUUGCCUGAAUUUUUUUGCCCUUUUU